UUUUAAUUGAGUGGCAUAGUGGGAGAGGAGAGGACUUCACGCGAGUCUUGUCAUGCAUGCUCCCUCCGUUUCACUGUAGUACUCUGUGGUAGCACUAUACAUAAACUAUUAACUUCAAAUUGUAUUCCUGCUAACUCGCUUGUGUGGUUCUCGUGUGUCACAGAGGUCACGUAAAAAUGUCGUCGGCGUUUUCUUUCCAGGCACAGCUAGUGUCCAUCAUGGACGCUUUAUCCAAAACAGCUGUAACAGAAAUUAGCAAACUGGUGGAGAUCGAAUCGAAAAUGCUGAAAAUAGAGAUCUCUCGAGGACGAAACGAGAUUGCCUCCCUCACUGAGAAACUGCAGCUGAUGGAGAAGUUGCUCCACAUGGCGCAAGGGAACAACAUAAAGGAGGUGGUGUUGUUACCGACAGCAGUAAGGGACCUUCCAUGUUUGGCCUCCAAUAGCACAAAACCAGUUACAAAAAGUAUGGCGGAUCCCAGUGAAACUGUAGGGGAAAAAAGAAGUUCUUCCCCUGUGAUGAUACAACGUUUGUUUCACAGUGAAGAGCAAACAGCAACUGAAUCAGAGAAAGAACUACCCAAACUGAGAGUGAUAAAGGAGGAGCCACCAGAUUUGGAUAACAGUUACACUGAUCAGAACCAAACUGCUGUAAACGGAGUGGAAGCUUUUACAGACAUCCAAAAGAGUCCAGAUGUGAGGCAGAAUCCCAAACCCACUGCAGAACACCACCAACCGGUUUUUACCAGUGACCUUGUGACUCUAAGCCAGCAGUCUCUCCCAAAACCAUGGAGCAGUGAAACCCAUUGGAGUUCACAAUUUCCAGCAGCAAAGACUAAUCCAGGGGAAAGUGCAGCUCAAAAUGUUCCAGUUCAAAGUGUUGCUUCUCAAAGCAUUAAUGUUCUAAGGAAUACAAAACUUCACAAUUACCGGAACUCGGUUGCAAAGCGGUUUGGGUGCUUGCACUGUGGUAAGAGUUUCAGAUGUUUCAGUCAGCUUGAAAUCCACCAGAGAAGCCACACAGGAGAAAAGCCAUUCAGAUGCACCUUGUGUGGAAAGCGGUAUGCCCAAAAAGGGCAUCUGUACACACACCAGCGCACACACACUGGUGAGAAGCCUUAUCGCUGUUUGGUUUGUGGAAAGGGCUUCAUUCAGAAAUGUACCCUUGAUAUGCAUCAGCGCACUCACACUGGGGAAAAACCUUUUGUUUGUGGCAAGUGUGGCAAAGGUUUUACAAAGAAUUGUAAUUUAAAGAAACAUCUCUCAGUUCAUUUAGAUCCUUGUUUGAAUUUCUAUGAGAAUGCAUUGAGUGGAGAAUUCCUUAAUGGAACUUCUUAAAAUCAGAAAUCGCCAGUAACUUAACAUUUUAGUUUGAUUCAAAGAUCUUGUGAAAAAUAAAGUUACUAUUGCCUC